AUGGAGGUGACAUUGUUUUUCCCACUGCUGCUGUUCUGCUCUUUCUCUACAGCUGAACCUCCGUCAGAGUCUGACAAUGACAUUAUUCCUCAUGGAGAACAAGCUGAUUACCAGGGAAGGAAAUCUGCAAAUGUCUCUUACCAGAGACCGACCUGUCCACAAGACAUCCAUGCUGUGCUGAGAGAGAUGAGCUCCAUGUUGGCUGAGCAGAAGGUAGAGCUGAGACACCUACAGAGAGAGAAUGAAGCACAAGCAGCCAAGUUGGGAGAACUGAAGCAACAGGACCUAGUACAAGCAGUCAAGUUGAGAGAACUAGAGGUGCAGAAGACUCAGCUGAACCAGGUGCAGCAACAGGUCCAAGAACAGGCAGGAGAACUGACUGCUGUUAAAGUUAAGACCAAUGUGACAGAAAACCAGGUGGAGGCUCUGAUGAGAGACAGAGAAGUCAAACAGGUGGCCUUCUCAGCCUCUCUGUUGGCUUCAGGCUCAGGAACCACGGGACCAUUUAACGCAAACACUAUUCUGGUCUUCAGACAUGUAGCCACAAAUAUUGGAAAUGCCUACAGCCCAAACACAGGUUUUUUCAUUGCACCAGUGAGAGGAGCCUACCACUUUGAGUUCUACAUAGGUGCACAUGGAUCUUCACAUCCCUCAGCUGCUGUGUUGGUCAAGAAUGGACAGCACAUUUUUAGUGCACAUGAACAUCGGCCUUCACAUUAUGGGACUUCUUCUAAUGGUGCUACACUGCACUUAGAGGUCGGAGAUGUGGUGUUUUUACGUCUGAGGGAGAACUCAAGGAUUUAUGACGAUGGAAAUCACUAUAGCACCUUCAGUGGUCACCUGCUUUUCACUAUGUGAGAAAAAAGUAUGUGUGCUUCUUCACUAAGUAUGUGUGAAUUGUAACAUUCUAGUUUUUGUGUUUCAUAUGUAAAUAAGCUUUGAAAAGCUUGUAUGGAUUAACAUCUGCAAGAGAUCACUGUCAUAGCUGCAGAUUCACUUUAUUCCUUCAAACGAAAACUUUCUUUAUGAAGACUUUUAAUUUUUUUUGCCUUAUAACCUUUACCUAAUUAUCACUGAAUCUCUGUUCAUUCUAAAUUGUCUAAUGUUGCUUUUGUAUCUUUUUCUGUUUGAUCAUUUUUUGUAUUGUUUCAGAACUUUGUUUUUAAAUUGAUUUAAAUAAAGCUUUUCUUACUUGUUUA